AUGGGUUUUUCUGUGCUCCUUGACAACGGAACGGAAUCAUCAGAUGAUGGAUUCUACAUCACAGCUUUCCACACACUGGGCAAUAAGAACUACCUCAUCCUAGCUCUAUCUAUAAUAUACAUCAUCACUCUAAUGGGUAACUGUGUUCUGUUAGCAGUCUUCAUUAUGAACCCAAGCCUUCAAAAUCCAAAAUAUAUUGCAGUGUGCAAUUUAGCCGUGGUGGACAUCUCUUUGAACAGUGUUAUCAUCCCCCAGAUGGUACCGGUGUUUGUGUUCAAUCUGAACUACGUCUCCUUUGGGACCUGUUUUUCUCAGAUGUUCUUCAUGCAUUUAUUUGGUGACAUGGAGUCCUUCUCCCUGGCUCUCCUAGCGUACGACCGUGUGAUAGCCAUCUGUUUCCCUCUGCGUUACCUCACUAUCAACACCAACCUGAGGAUGCUGCUCAUCCUGCUAGGGAUCUGGACCUUGGCCUUCCUCCUGGAGGUCUACCCUGUCGCCCUGGCCUCUAGGCUGUCUUACUGUGCCUCCAGGGUGGUGCGGAGCUGCUGCUGUGAGCACGGCCCUGUAUACAGACUGGCCUGCUCUGACAUCUCUUUCAACAGGAAACUAGCGACAGCGAAAACUCUGGCUGUCCUGUUAGGCCCCCUGUUCUUCAUCAUCUUCACCUAUGCUGUGGUGGUGGUGGCAGUGAUGAAGAUCGCCUCGACCACCCAGCGGGGCAAAGCCUUCCACACCUGUCUCACCCACCUGCUGCUGGUCCUGGUGUACUACCUCCCUGUCAUCCUGGCCUACGUCCUAGGUAACCUGCGCUUGGUGCAGUCCUCAGACCUCCUGACUGCCAUCCUCACUGUGUCUGUUACCCUGCCACCCAUGCUCAACCCUAUCAUCUACAGCCUAAAGACAGAGGAACUGCGGGAGAAAAUCGUCAAACUGUUCAUAAAGACAAAAGUUACUCCUCACAAAUGA